CUCAACUCCGUGCAUGUUUCAUAGACAGAAACACAUCUAACACACAAAAGCCGUAGACAGAUUUCCAUUAACCCAAGGCCUCAUAUAUCUCUUGAACCUCUAGAAACUCACAUACCAACAGAUAAAACCCUAGCUCUUCAAUCCCAUCCACCAAUCUUCACAGGACGCGUGUCCAGCACCCAACUGUCCCUUUCCUCUCCCUCCUCCUCCUCCUCCUCUUCCUCAUCCUCCUCCUCCCUGAAGCUCCUUCUUUUCCCCCACAUAUUUCCAAUAAUCACAGCCAUGAAAACUGAAGUUAGAGGAAGCACCACCUCCAUUUCUCUACAAAAUCCUACUACUAUCUUCAACACCUCUCAGGGCCCUUCGCUGACCGGCGCACUCAAAGGUUGUCUUGGAAGCCUUGACGGAGCAUGUAUAGAGAAGCUCUUACUUCACUGUGCAAGUGCCCUAGAGAGCAACGAUGUAACCUUGGCCCAACAAGUGAUGUGGGUGCUCAAUAAUGUUGCUUCUUCUGUUGGUGACCCUAACCAAAGGUUGACCUCAUGGAUCUUGAGGGCAUUGAUUUCAAGAGCCUCCAAGGUUUGCCCUACACCUAUGAAUUUCAAUGGAAGCACUAGUAGUAGUACGAUCCCAACUAGGUUGAUGUCGGUGACCGAGCUAGCCGGGUAUGUUGAUCUAAUCCCAUGGCAUCGUUUUGGAUAUUGUGCAUCAAAUAGUGCUAUUUUUAAGGCAAUUCAAGGGUGCCCAAAAGUCCAUAUCUUAGAUUUUAGCAUCACUCAUUGUAUGCAAUGGCCUACUUUAAUAGAUGCAUUAGCCAAAAGGCCUGAGGGGCCUCCUUUGCUUCGAGUCACUGUUCCCAAUUGGAGGCCACAAGUUCCUCCUUUGCUCAAUGUGUCAAGCGAAGAAGUUGGUCUUCGUUUGGGGAAUUUCUCUAGGUUUAGAGAUGUCCCUUUUGAAUUCAACGUGAUUGAAAACUCAUCUUCUUUGGAAUUGCUAUUGAGUACUCAAUUAAAUCCUUCUCCCCUAGACCUCCGGGAUGAUGAGGUUUUGGUUGUAAAUUGUCAAAAUUGGUUGCGCUAUCUCUCCGAUGACCCACGUGGCGGUAGCCCGAGUCAUCAAGAUGGCUCUAUGCGCAACACUUUCCUUAACAUGAUUAGAUCCCUUAACCCUAGGAUCAUAGUUGUGGUGGAUGAAGAUUCUGAUCUUAGUGCACCAAGUCUUAGCUCAAGAAUAACCACUUGCUUUAAUUACAUGUGGAUACCCUUUGACUCCUUGGAGACUUUCUUGCCCAAAGACAGCGCCCAAAGGAUGGAUUAUGAAUCUGAUGUUGGUCACAAAAUUGAAAACAUUAUUGGAUUUGAAGGGCACCAAAGAAUAGAGAGGUUAGAGACAGGCGUUGCAAUGUCACAAAGAAUAAGGAACGUUGGUUUCUUAAGCGCCCCGUUUUGUGAAGAGACUGUAAAGGAAGUGAAGGGCUUGCUAGAUGAACAUGCUAGUGGUUGGGGCAUGAAGCGUGAAGAAGAUAUGUUGGUGCUCACUUGGAAAGGGCACAACUCAGUUUUUGCCACAGCUUGGGUUGCAAAUGGGCCAAAUCCAAAUGGGUUGUUAAUGGAGGAUUAAUUGGCUUGAAAAAAGAAAAAAAAAAGUUGUUCAUGCAGAGUGAAGUUAUGAAUUUGGACCUACCAUAUGGGGAUUGGGGGGAGUGAUCCAGGUGAUCGAGAGGCAAUGACAAAAGCUUAUCUGGUUGCUUUUUUCUCUUCGUCAAAAAGCUGCAAAUGAGCACCAGACAAAAAGGAAAACGGCAGGCAUUUUGUGGAAAAAUGAUUUUUUCACGAGCACUUUGUAUUGAAGCUAUAGCUGCUGUGAUCCAUCACAUGAAAGGCAAGAAAGAGGAGAGAGAGUGAGAAUGGAUAUAUUGUUGUCUGCUGUUUUUGUAUGGGACAAAGUCUAUAGUACUUUAAUGUUUUUCCCAUCUGUACGUACGUGCAGGCUUUUGUUCCAUGAUCAGUUCUGUGAAAUUUAACUUUUGUUUAGCCUUUUCUUUAAUCAUAAGAGUAACUAUUCCCUUAA